CCCAGUCUCAGCUAUGUCUUUAUCAGCAGUGUGAAAGCAGACUAAUCUAGCAGCCAAAAUGGUAACCCCUUGUUCCCACACAACGGUUGUGUAUGGUUACUUGGCAAAUAUCAAUCCAAUGUCCACAACCAAGGAGGAUUUUGCAAGGGGAUUUUAUUACUUGUAACAACUAAGAAGAAAUUUCCCAACUUGCUUGUCUUCUUGGAAGAUUCCUCCUCAUGUCCCAAAAUCUUCUGGGCCAGAACCUCUACUCAAUAUAACAAAUAAUGGAGUGCCCUUUGUUCCACUGCAAACAUUUACAGAUGAGGAAAUGAUGAUAAAGAGUUCGGUUAAUAAAUUUGCUCAAGAACAACUUGCACCUUUGGUUUCAACCAUGGAUGAAAAUUCAAAAAUGGAGAAAUCAGUAAUACAAGGAUUAUUUCAACAAGGGUUGAUGGGUAUUGACGUUGACCCGAAAUAUGGAGGUACAGGAGCUUCAUUUUUUUCCACUGUGCUCGUGAUAGAGGAGUUAGCCAAAGUGGAUGCAUCUGUGGCUGUCCUUUGUGAGAUCCAGAACACACUAAUUAACGCACUGAUUAUAAAAUUUGGAACAGAAGAACAAAAGGCCACCUAUUUGCCUCAGCUCACUACAGAAAAAAUAGGAAGUUUCUGCCUUUCGGAGGCUGGAGCAGGUAGUGACUCAUUUGCUUUGAAGACCAGAGCUGAUAAAAAGGGCAAUUAUUAUGUCCUCAAUGGGUCAAAGUUGUGGAUCAGCAGUGCUGAGUAUGCAGGGCUCUUUCUGGUGAUGGCGAAUGUAGACCCUACCAUUGGAUAUAAGGGAAUUACCUGCUUCUUAGUAGAUCGUGAUACUCCAGGCCUUCGUAUAGGAAAACCCGAAAACAAAUUGGGGCUCAGAGCUUCUUCCACCUGUCCAUUAACAUUUGAAAAUGUCAAGGUUCCAGAAACCAGUGUCUUGGGACAAAUUGGACAUGGCUAUAAGUAUGCCGCAGGGGGUCUUAAUGAAGGUAGGAUAGGAAUUGCUGCACAGAUGCUGGGACUAGCACAAGGAUGUUUUGACUACACUAUUCCAUAUAUUAAAGAAAGGAUACAAUUUGGCAAAAGACUAUUUGAUUUUCAGGGCCUCCAACACCAAGUGGCUCACAUGGCCACCCAGCUGGAAGCUGCAAGAUUACUAACAUACAACGCUGCUAGGCUUGUAGAAGCUGGAAGGCCAUUCAUAAAAGAAGCAUCAAUGGCCAAAUACUAUGCAUCAGAGAUUGCAGGACAAGUAACGAGUAAAUGUAUCGAGUGGAUGGGGGGAGUCGGCUACACCAAAGAUUACCCUGUGGAAAAAUACUUCCGAGAUGCAAAGAUCGGUACGAUAUAUGAAGGAGCUUCCAACAUCCAGUUGAACACCAUUGCAAAGCACAUCAAUGCAGAAUACUGAUGUCCAUGAGAGUGGGAUCCCUCCCCGGUGUCACUACUGUAAAAUUUCAGACUGUUGUGCCUUGUUAGGAGUAUGUGCCUUGUAUGGGAAUAAACUUCCACAGUGUUGAUGGAUUUUAUUGAAGCCCUUAGUCAGGGUUUUGGGGGUUGACCUUUUUGUUUUUCUCUUUUCAGGCUGCUUAACUUAGGCAUGGAGAUCCGCUUUUAAACUUGGGACAUACACACCUAUAUUUUUUCCAAAACUGUUUUUAAAGUUCUAUACACAUGUAUUUUUCUUAAUUUGAGACAGAGUCUCACUCUGUCACCCAGGCUAGAGCGCAAUAGUGCCAUCUCAGCUCACUGCAGCCUCGACUUCCU